AUGAAUCUCCUUUUGACGCAAUUCCUGUUAUCCUUAUUCAUCGUUUUCGCCAGUACUGCGUACGGUCAACGACCAUCGCAACCUAAACCAUCUUCCAACCGAACCGAUAGCUGUAUAAAAUACCCUGGUGGUAUUUGCUCGAGUUAUGUCACUUACCCUGUUUUUGCACCCUAUGGCGUAUCGGAUAUCGAGAAUCAAAUUCGUGGACCCUUGUCGCAACUUACAACCGAACUGGGAGAACUCAAUGCAUUGUGCGUCGAUACUUAUUAUCGAUACGCUUGCACGUACGCGUACCCAAAGUGCGACAUGAACGAUACAAAACAUGAACGUACCUGGACAACGUGCAAAUCGACGUGUGAAGAAGUUUUGGCGGCGUGCGGGGAUACAUUUGCAUUGACUGGGCUCAGUCCAUUGCUUCCUGAUUGUUCAAAGUCUUCGCCUUCCACACCUUCCACACCACCUCAACCUGAUGAUAAUUGCAAUAUGAUCCCUCCUCAUGUGACAUUGGCCGAAGGCGAGAACCCUUUGAAUUUAUCGGCUAUUCCUUUUGGGUUUAUGUUAGCCACUUGUCCUGCCCCGUUCGUGCGGGAUCCGUUGGCGAAGCCAGGCACCAACGAUACCUUGCAACCCCGAUCGUGCCGUUAUGGUUGUUGUAUUCCGUGCCCUGCCCAAAACUAUUUUUACAGAGUCGGUUGGGCCGAGACGGGGUUUUUGGUGACCAAUAUUAUCAGAUGUAUUUCGGCAGUUCUAUCUUUGUUCAUUGUCAUUAGCUAUUUGGUGUUGCCGGACAAAAGAAGACAUCCCUCGCUAUUGAUCCUUAAUCUCUCCAUUGGUGUGUUCCUAUUUAACCUCACGGUGUUUUUCUCCAUCGGUGACCCUGUAGGAUUACAGUGCGCAAGUGAUGUGAUUAAUGAGAGCACGCAAGAUAACAAUGCGCUCUGUGCAGCACAAGGUGCUGUUCUGAUCUUUGCCGCUUUUGCAACGUGUCUGUGGUGUGCAGCAUUGAUUAUCAACUUGCAUGUGUAUACAGUGUGGAACCGAAACUACUUCACCGAGCGAUAUCUGUAUCUCAAUGCAGUGUGUUGGGGUAUUCCAGCGGCUAUGACGGCUGUGGCUUUAGGAUUGCAUAGCAUCAAGUUCGAGUUCGCGAAUCUGUGUCUCGUCAAACUCGAUUACAUAUCUGAAAUUCUGUUUUAUCCAAUGGCCGCCAUUAUAUGUCCCAGUUUUAUCAUUCACAUUGCCACCUUUUUCUAUAUCGCAAAGGUUGCUUUCAGAGAAGGAGUUCGCUCGGAAAUGUCGCAAACACUAUCGGCGGCAUCUCAUAACACCGAACAGCACGCAAUCAAUGUAAAGAGAAGACACCAUAAGCAUGUAAUUGCUGCAGUCAAAAUUCAAUGGCGAGCCCUUUUACUUGCGGUGGUCGCGUGUGGUACUGUGUUGUUCUAUUGGCUAUUCUAUUUAUUGCAAGUGCCCAAAAUUACUAAUCUGGACCGAAAUUUGGAGAUUACAAGCGACUGGAUCGCUUGUAUCUUGAUGCCUGGCGGCAGCCAAAACUCGUGUGUAUCGAUAAUCAGCCCUUACUUGCCUCCUUACGGGUUGAUGAUCACGGCCGAGCUCCUCGUCAGUUUGAUUGGCAUAUGGUUAUUCUUAAUGUUUGCCAAACGGUCUCUGUGGCACGAGUGGAAUAAUCUCAUCUAUGAUAUUCGAAUCAUGCUAGGAGCCCGAGGUCGUGUCGAGAAGAAUGGCGAACAGUUUUUCCAACUAUAA